AUGCCUACUGAGAUAUGGUUUGAAGAUGAAUAUGGAGUAGUGCAGGAGCAAAUGGUGAAAUAUGAAUGGCAACCUGUUCAGUUUCAACAAUGUAAAGGAUAUGGACAUGAGCUCACACAAUGCAGGAAGCCUAUAAUGAAGGAUCGGCAACCAAAACAAAAGCAAAUUCGGAAACAACAAAUGUGCCCCGAAGAGGUAGAAGUAAGUAAGAGACCUGAGGCCGAAGGGAAUAUUUCAGUGGCAAUUCAGGUGAAUGAAAAGCAAAUCUCAAGAACAAUUACCCAGCAAAAGGAUAAGGAACAAGUUGGUGGGAAAAUUACCAAGCAAGGAGAAAUUAUCAAUGGAAAGGGGAAACCAAGUGUUAACAUGGAAGGAUAA